UAGGGUAUUGAGAUUUAUCUAUUGGUGAAGGAAAACGUAGCAACAAUAACCAUGGCGUCUUCCAAAGCAUCGAAUGCCGGAAGUAGCUACAAGGAGCAGAGAGAGCAGAAGGUUCUUGAUGUCAUGUUUCUCUGUGACGAAUGGAAAUCUUCAAAGGGUGGAUUAUCAACUUUCAAUCGAGAAUUUGCCAUUAAUUUGGCACAAGCGACGACUGGUAGCAUGAAAAUCCACUGCUAUGUCUCUAAUAGCGAUGAUCGGGACAGAGAAGAUGCUAAACAACAUGGUGUCAAUUUAAUCACAGCUCGAAGUGUUCCUGGUUCAGCGGACCCCCACGAGUGUUUGAAAUUUCCACCCUCGCAGCUCCCAAACCCAUAUCUGGUGAUAGGCCAUGGAAGAAAGCUGGGUAUUCCUGCAUAUUUCCUAGCACAGUCUACAAAGUGUAAAUGGAUUCAAUUUGUUCACGUCUACUGCGAGGACCUUGGGAAAUAUAAGGAACCUGCCACGGCUGGAGAAGAUACAAUCGAAGAGAACGAGAAGAAGCACAAGAUGGAAAUUGAGUUGUGUAAAGCAGCGGAUGCAGUUGUCGCCGUUGGCUCCCGUCUACAACGGAAGUACAGCAGACGUCUCCUUAAUGUUGAAGUGAAGAUUAUCACUCCUGGGAUCUUUGGAAAGUUUUCCAAUGAAUCAAAGUUGGCUGUAGACAGAUCGGUAGUAAAGAAUUUUAAUGUGUCUUUGUUUGGCCGAGCUGCCUUUGAGGAUCUUUCCCUGAAAGGCUAUGAUGUAGUUGCAAAUGCCAUUGGUUCUCUUGGUAAGAACUUUGAGUUAACAUUUGUUGGCUCAUCUCCCGGUGAACAACGAAAGGUUGAGCAAUGGUUUCUUGACAAUACGUGCAUCAACCGCAACCAGCUAACCAUCCGUCGAUAUUGCAGUGAACAAGAAGAACUCAAGAUGAUGUUCUAUCAAUCAGAUUUGGUUGCUCUGCCAUCCCGUACCGAAGGAUUUGGGCUUUCUGCCCUUGAGGCCAUUUCUGCUGGUGUUCCUGUACUUGUCUCUGGCGAAUCUGGCAUAGCUGAGGCUUUGCAAAAAGUAGAAGGUGGAAGCACUGUCAUUGUUGGAUCAGGUGAAGAUAAAGAUGAAUGGGCACAAAGGAUUAGAGAGAUGUAUGAAGAAAGUGCAGAAGAGAGAGAAGUCAAUGCCGUGAAGCUUCGCGAGAACUACAGGAAGGUUUACUCUUGGAAAGCAGAAUGUGAGAGGUUUAAAGGGCUGAUUGAAAAUAUUGUGAAAACUGCAAAUGGAGAAUCAGAGGUGGAAUCCUUCACCUCUGAUUCUGAAGAAGAACCAGAAGAGAUACGCAUGAAACUUCAAAUUAUGAAAGGCAUGUUGCCUCUCCCUGGUUCUUCCACCUCUGAUCCUGAAAAAGAACUAGAAGAGCAACAAAUGAAACUUCAAAGAAUGGAAGGUUGA